AAAGAAGAAGAAGAAAGGGGGAGGUCGUCAGUGGAAGGGAUUACGCAUUGUGAGAACCAUGUCCAUUUGCUGCUACUAUUAUUGGGUCUGAAAAGCAGUAUCUGCAGUACCAGGGCCCUUAGUUAACCAGACUGUGUGUUUUCUUCCACACCAUGAUGAUCUCUGUUGGUAGCAGCUGUUGAAGAGUGGCUUAAAGAGAGAACAAUCACGCAUGAAGGGGCAUGACCAUUGAAGACCAAAGGUUAAACACCCAGAUGUCAUAUCUAUGGAAUGACCUCACUGUUGCUCAAUGCAUCUCAAACUAAUGACUGUCUACAGCAACAGGCCAACAGCAGGGUGGCCAGCCACCUCUCUGAGGUCCUCGCCACAUCACUGUGUCUCUCUGAUGCUCAGAGGAACCUUUUUAAUGAACCAGUGACGUCUGUACCUCUGUGCGCUAACCACGGGGAGAGGCUCAGAAAAAUGGAUCAGUGGACUAUCGCAAUGCGGUGUCCUUGUCUGCUGGACUUAGUUAUUAUCCUGUCCUUGACAUCAUGCUGCAUGUUGAGUGAGGCGGGAGCUCCACACAGUCUGGAGCCCGACCACCAGCUUGGCCAGGGGUCUCCCACCACAGCUCUACACCAGAGACUCAGACGAGGCUGGAUCUGGAAACAGAUUUUUGUCCCAGAGGAGGACCCCACUCCAAGCGUGAUUGGCCAGCUAAAAUCAGACUACGACAGAGGGGAUUUCUCUAUCAAGUAUAUACUGUCGGGGGAAGGUGCAGGGGAGAUGUUUGAGAUUAAUGAAUAUUCAGGAGAGAUUCGUACAUUGCAGAAGCUGGACCGCGAAGAGAAGGCCUUCUACCUCCUGCAGGCUCAUGCCCUUGCUCGGAAGUCCAACGAACCCGUGGAGCCCCAGUCAGAGUUCAUCAUCAAGGUCCAAGACAUCAACGACAACAUCCCCCAGUUCCAGAACGAGCCCUAUGUCUCCAGCAUCCCUGAGAUGUGUCCCAUGGGGACUAUCGUGGCCCAGGUGACAGCUACAGAUGCUGACGAUCCCCUGUUCGGAAACAAUGCCAAGCUCAUCUACUCCAUCCUACAGGGGGAGCCCUACUUCUCUGUGGAGCCCAAGACAGGCAUCAUCAUGACCUCGAUGGCCAACAUGGACAGGGAGGCUAGGGACCAGUAUCUGGUGGUGGUGCAGGUGAAGGAUAUGCUGGGACUGAGCGGUGGUUACUCUGCUUCCACCACUGUCACCAUCAGCCUGACGGACGUCAAUGACAACGGACCCACCUUCCAGCACAACCUGUACACCUUUGCUGUUCUGGAGUCUGCGGCGGUGGGCACAACCGUGGGCAGGAUCAUGGCAGACGAUGGUGAUGUGGGCAUCAACGCCAGGAUGAACUACAGUCUAGAGGACCUGGAGGAGAGCGCCACCUUCAAGAUCCAAACGGAUCCAGUCACACAGGAAGGAGUGGUCCUCCUGGCCAAGCCUCUGGACUAUGAGAGCAAGCGACGGUUCGUAAUGUCUGCGAAGGCUGUCAACGAUCACAUAGACACCCGCUUUCUGAGCUACAACGAGUUUCAGGACAGGACGACCCUGAAGAUCGUCGUCGAGGACGUGGAUGAGCCCCCUAUCUUCAUGGCGCCCGAUUAUGAGUGGAAGGUUCUGGAAAAUAUGGUGGCGGGGACCGUGGUUGGUACCGUUAGCGCCAGAGACACUGAUGCAAUCAACAACCCAAUCAGAUAUUCCAUUGACAAAAGCAGUGAUAUCACAAAAGCUUUCAAAAUAGACCCAAACAAUGGGACUGUAACUGUUGCGAAACCUUUGGACCGUGAGGAAGCAGCCUGGCACAAUCUAACCAUAAAUGCCAAGGAAACAAAGCAGAACCAUCUAUCCUCAUCUGUGGUGGUGUUCAUCAAAGUGCUGGACAUAAACGACAAUGCGCCAAUGCUUGCCAGAGAGUACCAGCCAUAUAUCUGUGAGGGCACACAGUCAGGAGAGCUCAUCCAGCUGAUCAACGCUGUGGAUCUGGACGACCCUGUGGAGGGACACCACUUCUACUUCUCCAUGGUCCCUGAGAAGAACAUCAACCCUAAUUUCACAAUCAGGGACAACCAAGACAACAGUGCUAGCAUCCUGGCACGGCGGAGCUCAUUCACCCGUAGGGACCGUGCCCAGUACCUGCUGCCCAUGGUGGUGGCGGACAAUGGCUCCCCAGCCCUCUCCAGUACCAGUACCCUGACCAUCAGCGUGUGCAGCUGUCAGCCCGCCGGACACUGCCCCACAGGCGGGGUGGAGGCCCUGGCCAUCUCUAUUGGGGUCAGCCUACAGACCCUGCUUGGCUUCCUGGUCUGCCUGGCAACACUCACAGUGCUGUGCAUUGUAAUGCUGAUGCUGAGGAGACACCGGAGGAAACAGCUGGAGGGGCUGGGGAGAGCGGAGAAGGAGCUGGAGCUGCCUAAGGGGGUCUCAGAGAAGGUGCUGCACUACGGAGAAAUAGGAGGCGGAGGAGGGGGUGACCUGGGGGGAUUCUGUCAGCCUGCUGUCCCCCUUCGUCCCCACCCCCGCAGGAGGGACAGGAGGCUCCGCAGAGAGGAGGUGGCAGCCAGUAUCAGAAUGUCGAUGUCUCUCCGCCAUUCCCUCCUCAUUGGCCCCGAGGACGAUGUCUUUAAACAGUUCAUCAUGGACCGGCUAAAUGAAGCAGAUCAGGACCCCUACAUGCCGCCAUUUGACUGCCUGAAGACCUACGCCUUCGAGGGCACAGGGUCGCCCACGGGGUCCAUUAGCUCCCUAGAGUCAUGGGACUUUGUGGAUGCUGACCAAUGUCCCCGGGACCCCGGAUCACGCCUUGUCAGACUGACUCUCUGGCAUGGGGGAGCGGAGGAGGAGACAACCUUCUGAACAGCUAACAUUUGUUUUCCAUUUUUUUAUUUAAUUAAUUUAACGUAAUAACAUAUAUAAUAGUACAGCACAUCCCUGAACUCAAUUUUGACAUCCUGAUGAAAGAGAAAAAUAAGUUCCUGUUUUCUUCCCCUGUAUGGUUGAAAACAGUGGAGCUAGCUGUAAUAAUUAUUAUCAGUGUUAUGACAGUUAUAUGUUUUUGUUGAACAGGCAGUUUCUUGAUAUAUUUUUUAACAGUAUUUAAAGCAACAUAACUUUCUAUACGUGACCUCAUUCUGCAUUAGUUCUAAAGAUGGGUAACACAUUCUAGUAUUUGAACCUUCAUGACAGUGUCAUAAGCGCAUCAUAAGUUUCUUGACACAUGCCAGAACCUUCUUGGCAGAUGAAUUAGAUAGGACCUGUAGCUACACAGCAAAUUCUCCAGUGUGAGAUAAACCAAAUGAACACUGAGAGUGUUACAUCAACACUUAAAGUGGUCAGUCUGUGGAACAGUGUUAAAAUAACACACUGCUUAGUGUAAAUCCUUAUUCCAAUAUUUCCCAGGGUGCCUUGUCUUUCGAGUAAAUUGUAUAGUUACCACCCAUGACUGUAUUUGUUAGUGACAGAGACAUGGUUGUUGUAUUCAUCCAUUAUUGGUCCUAUAGGCAUCACCAAGUGACAUCCUAUGCAAAUAUGUUAUACAAAGUUAUCUUUAACACAAUAGCAUACAUAUAUCAUAAGGCCUUAUUUUGAGAGUUUCACCCUAAUACAAGUGCCUGAAAGUCCUACACAUCGCUUUAAACCAAAACCACGCCCAUCAUUAUCAUAUUGUUUGUUUCAAUAUCUGUUUGUGGACGUACAUUGAUUGAUUGAUUCAUUAAUUUAUCUUAUGCUACUCAAAUAUGAAACCAAAAACAUUUUCUAAACUAAUCCAAUAUGUUACUUGGGCUUAUUGCACCCCUAGGGAGUCUCAUGUCUUAGUUUUUCCAAAACCAGUCAUUCUUAAUGCAUUUUGAGGGUGACAAGAAAAUGUGACAGUUGGAUAUCCCCACACUGGCUGGAUUCCAAUAGGAAUUACACACACUUUGCAAGCCAACAUAAUGUGACUUGCAUACCUAAUGUGGCCUGUAAACCAUGAGUUCCAGGCCAUCGCAUUACACACUCAUAAAAGGUUGUCACUGUAGUUCAAGAGUGUCAAACUCAUUCCAUGGAGAGCCUAGUGUCUGCAGGUUUUUCUUUUUUCCUCUCAAUAAAGCCCUACACAACCAAGUGUGGGGAGUUCCUUACUAAUUAGUGACCUUAAUUCAUCAAGUACAAGGGAGGAGCGAAAACCCACAGACACCGAGUUUGUACCCUGUAAGGCAGAACUCGGUAUCGGUACCCCCUGUAUAUAGCCUUGUUAUUGUUAGUUUAUUGUGUUCCUUUUAAAAAAACUUUUUUUUACUUGAGUUUAUUUAGUAAAUAUUUGAUCAACUCUAUUUCUUGAACUGUUUAAAAAAAUAGAAUAAAAUACAUUUACCCCUUUUUCUUCCCAUUUCGUGGUAUCCAAUUGGUAGUUACAGUCUUGUCUCAUCUCCAAGUCCCAUACGGACACAAGAGAGACAAAGGUCAAGAGCCGUGCGUCCUCCAAAACACGACCCAACCAAGCCACACUGCUUUUUGAUAUAAUGCCCACUUAACCUGGAAGCCAGCUACACCAAUGUGUCUGAGGAAACACUGUACACAUAGCGACUGUUUCAGCGUGCAUGCGCCCGGCCCGCCACAGGAGUCACAAGAGCAAAAUAGGACAAGGACAUCCUUGCCAGCCAAACCCUCCCCUAACCUGGACAACGCUGGGCCAAUUGUGCCCUGCCCCAUGUGUCUCCAGGUUGCGGCCUGGCUGCAACAGAGACUGGACUCAAACCAGGAUCUCUAGUGGCACAGCUAGCACUGCGAUGCAGUGCUUUAGACCACUGCACCACUCAGGAGGCCGCAGUGUUGGCAUGUGACAAAUAACAUUUGAUUUGAUUUUCCCAAACUCAGUCCUCGGGACCCCAAGGGGUGCAUGUUUUUGUUUUUGCCUUAGCACAGCUGAUUCAAAUAAUCAACUAACUAUCAAGUGAUCAUUUGAAUCGGCUGUGUAGGUCCCAAGGACAGAGUUUGGGAAGCGCUGCUGUAAGGUCAUCCUUUGUACCUUUAGUUAUAAGUGUAUAAUUGCACUCCAGCUCCAGUGGCAGUCGGUGCAGUUUAAGAUGAGGACCAUUAUAUUUUUUAUGAUCAUGGCCUUAUUUCUUUUGCAGCAAAUUGGAUGACUGUCAUUCAUAUUCCUUUCACCCAGCUCAAUGUAACAUUGAUAGUUUUAGGCAAGGGUUUCCCAAACUCGGUGCUGAGGCCCCCGACCCAAGUACUACACAGCUGAUUAAAAUAACCAGCUCAUCAUCAAGCUUUGAUUAUUUGAAUCAUCUGUGUAGUGCUAGGGCAUAAACCAAAAUGUGCACCCAGGGGAGGCACCAGGACUGAGUUAGGGAAACACUGGUUUAGGCCACUACAUGAUAUUUGACAUUUCCUUCUACCCACGAGGUUGCUACAUCCUAGCCUAUGAAUUAAAGUUUACUAGGUAGAUGCACAGGUCGAGAGAUAUUUGAGUAAUCAAGGUGACAGACAUCGAUGCGUUCAAUACUGUGUUGCACACUCUUGCCUGCAUCUAGCUGAUCUCGGGUGUAAUCGUUAGUCAUCAGUUGCAAACAAUAGUGUCUAUUGGACAAAUUCUGGUAUGUUUAUCCCUGUUUCUUUUCGUUGGCUUCCGUUUUAUGAACAUUUUCCAACAGAAUCGGCGGAAUGAAUACACCCCUGAUCACACUCGAGCGUAGUUCCCUUUCAUAGCAGUCGCAUACAAACAGCAUGAUCCCUUUGAUCGUUGUAUAAUUCCACGUCGUAUCUAUGCACUCUCCUAUUCUCACCUUUUCCCUUAGCUUGUGGACUUCAGUGCACAACACAUCAGCAGUCUGUGACCAAGUGAAAAAACCUCACCUAGCCAAACCUUCAUAUCAUAAAUGCUAACCUCUAUACACAGCCUACAUUGUUGUCACAAUAUUAACAUCAACAUACUAAUCAAACUAGAACUAACGUGUUAGUAAACCCGCUACAAUCAUGCAGUACAGUGUACAGUCAACAGCAAGCAGUAUCACAGUUACACCAGUAGGCCCCUGUGGCAAUAAAUAAAUAAAACCAAAAGCUUACAUUGACUUGGAAAAGUUCCAGUGUUGGAUAGCCAGCUAGCUAACAUAGAGCUCCUCUCUGUUUGAACCGGGUGUUUGAGUAGUCUAAACUAGCUAGCUGCAUUCGCUAGCUAAGUAAUUGAAAGUGAAAAAAUACCAAAAAGGUAUAGCUAGCUCUCUCCUUCACUCUCUUUCUUUUCCUUCAUUAAAACAUUUUUUUUGUCAAAACUGUUCAACUAUUGUCUUUCUCUUGGAGUCAACUACUCACCAUAUUAUUCACUGCAGUGCUAGCUAGAUGUAGCUUAUGCUUUCUGUACUAGAUUCAUUAUUUGAUCCUUUGAUUUGGUGCUAUGAUAGGUUGGAGGACAUCCUCUGGAAGUUGUCAUUAAGUCUAUUGAACGGGUUGAGAACUACGAGCCUCCUCGGUUUUGUAUUGAAGUCAUUGUACCCAGAGGAGGAUGUAAACUAGCUGUCCUCUGGCUACCAUGGUGCUACCCUACAGAGUGCUGUUGAGGCUACUGUAGACCUUCAUUGCAAAGCAGUGUGUUUAAUCAAUUAUUUGGUGACGUGAAUAUAUUUAGUAUAGUUUUAUCUGAUCACUUUUUUAAUGUUUCACUAUUUACAUUUUAUGAAAUUCAAUGAGGAGGAUGGUUCUUCCUCAUCUGAGGAGCCUCCACAACCCAGUUCAUACUUCAGGCAACAUCAGGCCUUGAAGUAGGGUUGCAAAAUUCCAAGGCCCUGAAAACUUGUUGAAGGACUUCAAAUUUCCAGCUUCCGUUUUCAGGAAAGGACGUCUGGAAAAAAUGGAAAUUUAUGGAAAGUUGCUAGAAUUUUCCAACCCUAACUUCAAGUCACAUUAUGCUGGCUUGCAAAGUGAUGUGUAAGUCCUAUUGAAAUCCAGAGUUAAGCGAUCCAACAGUUGGACUUUUUAGCCAUUUGCAACCUGCAUUCAAAAUGACGAACAGUGUUACAAACGUUUUGAGGAGACUAUCUAACGCUUUUAAACUGAAACAAACAGUUCAGUAACGGGUGGAAAAAAUCUGACUGAUUGGAUCAGUUUAGAAAAAUGUAGGUUAUUUAUUUUGUGUAGCAUACGAUUGAUAAAUCAAUGCAAAAUAAACACUUCCCCAAAAAUCUAACUGCUGGAGAAUAUGAUAAUUAUGGGAGUGGUUUUGGAUCAAAGUGACACACGCGUAUGAGUUUCCGGCCGCUGUAUUAGGGACGGAAUACACCCUCAAAAUAAGGCCUUAUUAAAUACAUAUUUUUUCCAUGAUGACAUAUUCACGUAGGAUCUCACUUGGUGAUGUCGAUAGGUGUGCAGAUGGAUGAAUGCAAUAACCAUGUCUAUGUCGGUAACAAGUACAGUCAUGGGUGGUAACUCUAGGAUUUACAUGAAAGGUACUCGAGGAAAUAUUUGGCUUUACACUACGCAGUGUUUUAAUUUAACACUGUUGUGGUGUCCCUAUGGGUCCACAGACUCGACACGCUCAAUGUUCAUUUUGUUUUCUGCUAAUGCUUGAGAAUUUUCUGUGUACGUUAUAAUAUACAGGUAAACACUACCUUUCAUUACCUUUGCAUUGUUCUAUGAAAUACAAGCUGUGCACUUGUGUUCUGUAUUAUGAAUUUAUAACUAUAAAACAGCCUUAAACAAA